GUGGAGGCUGUCAGGUACUAUAUAAAAUAUCCGUCCCCACCGGAUCUCAAUCAGCGACUCACCGGCCGGCCAUCUUGUCUUGUCUCAUCCAUGGUCAUCAUCAGCGCUCUUACAGUCCAGCCCAUCUACAUACAUGCCUCUGUGACCCUGUCGCGCAAUUCACAUUCCGACGACUGCGUGUCUUAGGGUCGUAAAAUAAAACAUGUCUUACCACGCGCAGCCUUUAGAGCAGCACGACGAUGAGCGGGUCUUGCAGCCCUCGAGGUAUCGCAGCUUGCGAAAACAGUCCGUUGCCGCGCCUUCUCCCCCAACUUCUAAAAGGACCCCGAGCGGCAAUCGUGAGCCCACCUGCACCCAGCAAUGUGAGAACGUAGUGGCAAGUUCUAUAUCGCGAUCCAUGUCGCGUUAUCGUCGUCGUGCCGCGAGCAAUGCUGGCGCCAUGGACAACGCUGCAGCCCAAACAAUAAAUUCUGCUGUCACCCCACCUGUUCCAGCUAUCCCGUCCCUAUUACAGACGGCCAACCCCUCUGGUAUAAAUGGAGGCCAAACUGAACCCGCGCUCGAAUCAUCCGCACGGCGUCAAUUGCGGCACACCGUACAGCAGAGGACAACAGGGCAAACAAUUGAUGACCACGAAAAUCAUUCUAAUGCAAUAUAUGACAACAACCGUGACCAAAUCACUGCUUCUAGCCGAGGAGUGUGCCACAAGACGCCCGAGCAGCAUGAUGCUAGCUGGGAGGUAGAAAGGAAUCGCCUGUUGGAGGAACAGAAAUUGAAGGACUUAAAGAGAUUAGAGGAGGAACUCGAAAGAAGCCAAAGAGUCAAGAUCCAAUCGCAGAAACUCAAAAGUCCGGUCGUGGAUAAAUUUAUGCUAUUAGCGAAAGGAAGCAAGAAUAUCAAAGAUGAGACGCCGCCCGCAUCCCCGACGGUAAUGUCCGUUAUACCCAGUGCUCGGAGAUCCGGCCAUGAGCCCGUGAGAAGCCCGCCAGCUCACAUUGAGCCCGGCGGCAAGGGUAUUGUUCCCCAGAAGGACGCCCCGACGUCAGCUAUCAAUGCCGGGGAUCGCAUGGUGGCGGUCCGUUUCCGGCAUCACACUUUUACAUUGCCUGUCACUCCUGAGACCACUGCCUUCGACAUUGUUUCCCAAAUCUCGAGUAGAGCAGGGUGCGAUCCCGAAAUCAGCCUUGAGAAGUAUCUUGUGACAGAACACUGUGGUGUUCUCGGACUUGAGCGCCGACUACGCCGCUACGAACGCAUUCGAGAUGUCGUGAAUUCAUGGGACAACGAUGAACAGAAUAGGCUAGCGGUGACCUUAUCUGAUCAAAGUAGCAACCAUGGGGAUCUCGAUAUUAGGGCGGUUGCCAACUGCGAGGAAAACCCUUCGGGAUUCCAACUACAGAUGUACCACUCUAACCGCCCUAAAAAAUGGAACAAGAAGUGGAUUACACUUUUAGAAAGCGGCCAGAUCAUCUCUGCGAAGAAGGCAAAUGCGAAGUUGAUCGAUAAAGACACAGCCAAUCUAUGUCAUCUCUCCGACUAUGACAUUUACAUACCAACCGAGUCACAAUUGAGACGGCACAUAAAACCGCCUAAGCGUUUUUGUUUUGCGAUCAAAUCCCAGCACAAGACGACCAUUUUUUUAAACACGGAAAAUUAUGUCCAAUAUUUCAGCACGGACGAUCCUCAUGUAGCACGUGAGUUCAGAGAAUGUGCCCAUAGAUGGCGAAGUUGGUAUCUAGUCGACCGUAACCCAGAAGUCCGCAAAAGCCACAACAAGUCAGCCGCGAAGCCAGAGGAAAAGUCACCUGUGCAUUCCCCCAUUGCCUAUCCUGUAACAAAGAAGCCAGUCAAUGCGACUACUCUAGAUGGACAUCACCCACGGGCAUCUAUGGAGGAAUCACCCCGUGCAGUUGAGCGAUAUGAACCGUUAGUUGAUAUGAGUCGUUUUGACAAGGGCUUUGUGUUACCACAAUUAGACACCCCUCAGCAAAAUAACGAACAGACCAUCUCUCGGCGUCUUUCAAAACGGAAUCCAAAUCAUCAAACCCCUCCAUCAUCUAAGCGAGAGAGUAAGGAUGGGUUUACUGGUGGUUUACUUGGAGAAGAAUAUGAGACUAGGAAACAGGCACUUGCGGGCUUGGAGAAAAAGAAAUUUCCACAGGAGUUGGCGUUUACCGAGGGCCCAUCCCUGCUAAAUAGCCAACAAGACCUGAGCCCAUCGGCAGGACAUAUUGACUCACCCUCUUGGUUCCCAUCGGCAAUUGAACAUACGGCCAAGCAGCGUGCUGUUCCACAAUCCUCUUCGGCACGACCUACUACUUCAUCUAAUGCACAACGUCGUUUUUCUCUGACCGCGGCCACUCAUCGGCCUUCUGAGCUCGUCUCAUCGGUUGCUCGACCAUCUACUCAACAUCGUUCACAGCAUACAUAUGCACAACAGGCUACUACGUUACCUCCCUCGGACCGGCGCAUACCCCCACAACCCUUAGUUGACCUUACACCUGCAAUACAAGUCCCACCUCAGUGGUCAAAGGAAAAGAAAGGUCACGGUGUGAAACCGCCUGAUGAUGUUGAACAUCUCGUCGACUUCAUUUCAGCUGGCAACGGAAUUGAUAACUAUUCACAACCCCCGCCACGCACCGUGCCACGCCGCCCAACUACAUCAGGGACGCAGGGGCGAACACGAAGUAUGAGUUCGGCAUCACCCGGAAGACCGUUAUUAGAUGAUGCGCCACCCGUUCCAUUGGUACCAUCACGUCAUGGGGUAGGAAGCAUUGGCGGUAGUAAGAGACUGGCCAAUGUGUCUGUUGCCCGAGAUGGCAGAAUAGACCGUAGAGAGUCUAUAAGACAGAAAGAAAGAGACCAAGAAAAAGCCAAACUUCGAGAACAACGCGAGCGCGAGUAUCGCGAGAGAGAGGCAGCUUAUAAUGCUGUCCCUGGCCGUACGGGAACACUGAAGGUCGUCUGAUGCUGCGCAUGUCCGGCGAGGAAGCUCGACAUAGCAUUCAUGACGACCAUGGUCAUAAACUAUACUAUUUCUCUCAUUCC